GUUGACGUUUUUGUGCGAGCGUUUUCGAGUUGGAUAUUUUAACGCGUCAAUGAAGGUUAUUCUCACUUGAGAAUGUUCAAAUUUUAAAAUAAACUAAAUUUUAAAUUCUAAGUUUUCAUGAAGUGAUAUUGUCGUUAAUGUUCUAUUGUUGUUUGUUUUAAAAUAAUAAUUGAAAUGCGUAGACACGUUUACAACCAUAUGCACGGUUUGGACGAGUCGGAAUGUUACGGGUCUAGAGAAUUCCAAAGUUUGAGGCGUGAAUCUAAAAUGUUUCUAUUUGGGAGAUCGUUCCAUUCCGUGACGGAGAAGCGAUCUCACAAUAACGACUGCGGGGAGAACAGCAUGACAAUAGUAACAGAGAAGAAGAUAGAAGAUGACGCAUCGGAAUCUUCUGGUGGAGAGAACGUGGACAUAGAAGAUAAAUCUCUGCCAAUAGUAGAGGCUACACUGGAAUCUUCAGAGGAGGCUCACUCAGCGCAGUGCUCCUGCCCAAACUGUGAUGAAGUAUUAUCAAGAUUCUCUGAGUGCAGCAUAUGUCUGGAACCGUUACAGUGUUGUGGACCCUGUGUUUGCCCGUGGUGUGGAGGCGUAUGGUGCGCGCGGUGUUCACGAAGAAUGUCACGAUGCGCUUGGUGUCGUGGAAGCCUUCGUGCACCUGCCACGCCUUGCCUCGCUCUCCAGCGUCUCAUCAAUGAUCUCAUGCUGCCGUGUCGUAAUUACAGACGAGGCUGCACGGAACUGCUGACAGCUAACAUCAGGGCGAAACAUGAAGAAGAAUGCAAACACGACACAAUGAUAUGUCCUAUCACACCCACCUGCUGCUCUGUUCCUUUCGAAGAAUUAUCAGCUCAUCUCCAAUCUAAUCACAACAUCAUCGCGGUCUACUCUCAGAAGAUCAAAAUCUUAAUAGAAAACUUUCAAACGAAACUCAAGAAGACCGCUUGUUGUAGGACUAAGUACAAAAUAAUCUUAUUAUACCAAAAAAGUGCAUUCAUUAUCAAAGUCUGUAUUUACAAUUAUCACGUGAAGGUUGAAGUGAUGAGACGAAAACUUGGUUACGUUGCUGAUUUAAAAUCGGAAUCGAAGAAGAGCGAUUACUGCGCCCUUAUUGAGUUCCAAAGUAAGGCUUUAUGCACAAAAUCUGCUAUUCUAAUCGAAAAUGAAGCAUAUAGUAAGAAGGCUGAAGUACAAUGGAACGAUGUCAUACUUAAAUCAGAGAAUGAUGAAGCUAUCACAAUUCACGUAAACAUUGGAAAGACAGACUCUGAAUCGAUACGAAAAGAGUUUGAAUUAUGAUAAUCUAAAGAUCACAAUUUUGGAUCAACUUAUAUAUCUUUGACUGAUAAUAAACAUACAGAGUUUUGCUUAUGAUGUAAGACACGAGGUUUGAAUUCGAAGAUGUUUUAAAUAAUAAUUUAAAACGAUCUCUGUUAAAGGCCAAAAACUUAAGUCAAGUUCGACUGAAUUUGACAUAUUUUGUACAUUUUACUAAUUACAAUUAAUACAAUAUCAAUAUUAGUAUUUAAAGUAUAUUGUAAUCACAGAAAUGCUUAGGAAUAUUUUCUUGAUCACUUCCUGAUGGAAUCAUUACGAUUUUUUUAAUGUUGAUAUUUGUGUUCCUACUUGUCGUUUUAUAUUAUGUUGUGAUGAAAUGUUUUAAACAUUCCAAUUAAUUUGGAUCUAUAUGUGAUUUUAAAUUAAGUUAAGUAAUGAAGGUGUACGCUGUAAAAUGACUGACGUAGGUUAAACACUUAAUUAGUAAUGUAUUUUAGAUAAUGAUAAAAUUAAAUGAUAAUUUUAAAUCACGA